CUUGUUUCCGUUUUCUUUUAUUUAUUUGUAGAGCUGUGCAAAUCAAAGACGCAACACACAUGACCAUGACGGAUAGAUUUAAAGUAACAAAGACUGAAGAGAGUGAAGCUCCGCCUGAUUAUCUCUUAGAAGAGUCUUGCACCGGCAAAUUGCUAAACGAUUUAAGUGAUAAUGAAAAAUGUGAUGUUGAAACCGUAGAAGAAAACAACGAAAAACCAAAUAAAGAACCCAACUUAUAUUUAUACGAUGAUGACUUGGAAACGAGGCCGCAUAUAUCGACGUUUAUAUCUUCACUUGCCAAUUAUGAGAAUACCAUACCUGCUGCCACCGAUCCAGAUGCUAAGGCACCGGCGCCUUCAGCGCGUAUGGGAACCCUCAUCGGUGUCUUCUUGCCAUGUAUUCAAAAUAUUUUCGGUGUCAUUCUGUUCAUUCGUUUAACAUGGGUUGUUGGAACGGCUGGUGCGGUAUGUGGCUUUCUGAUUGUCCUGACUUGUUGUUGUGUGACUAUGUUAACGGCGAUUUCAAUGUCGGCUAUUGCAACAAAUGGAGUGGUGCCGGCGGGAGGCAGUUAUUUCAUGAUAUCAAGAUCCCUUGGUCCUGAAUUUGGUGGCGCUGUGGGAAUGCUGUUUUAUACGGGUACAACUUUAGCGGCAGCCAUGUACAUUGUGGGUGCGGUUGAAAUUGUCCUGACUUACAUGGCACCGUGGGCCUCAAUAUUUGGUGAUUUCACUAAGGAUGCCGAUGCCAUGUACAACAAUUUUAGGGUGUACGGCACGGGGCUGCUCUGUUUCAUGGGUUUAAUUGUCUUCCUGGGUGUAAGAUUUGUUAAUAAAUUCGCUGCCGUGGCCUUGGCCUGUGUUAUAUUUUCAAUAAUCGCCGUUUAUGUCGGUAUUUUCGACAACAUAAAUGGCAAUGAAAAACUUUACAUGUGCGUGCUUGGAAAUCGUUUACUCAAAGAUAUACACAUCGACAAUUGUACCAAAGAAGAUACCGUGCUCUCCGAUUUAUUCUGUCCAGAUGGAAAAUGUGAUGAAUACUAUAUGACCCACAAUGUAACCAAGGUUAAAGGUAUUAAAGGUUUGUCCAGCGGUGUAUUCUAUGACAAUAUAAUGCCCUCAUUUUUGGAACUCGGACAAUUCAUUGCCUAUGGCAAAAAUGCAACAGACAUUGACAAUAUGGCUCCAUCGACCUACAAUCAAGUUAUGGCUGAUAUUACCACAUCAUUCACCCUUCUCAUCGGCAUCUUUUUCCCCUCAGUAACAGGUAUUAUGGCCGGCUCUAAUAGAUCAGGUGACUUGGCCGAUGCCCAAAAGAGUAUACCAAUUGGUACAAUUUGCGCCAUUCUAACCACCAGUUCAGUUUAUUUGUCGUGCGUUUUGUUAUUUGCCGGUACCGUGGACAAUCUAUUGCUAAGAGACAAAUUCGGCCAAUCUAUUGGCGGUAAAUUGGUUGUAGCCAACAUUGCUUGGCCAAAUCAAUGGGUCAUCUUGAUCGGUUCAUUCUUAUCCACCCUGGGAGCUGGUCUACAGAGUUUAACGGGUGCACCACGUCUGCUGCAGGCCAUUGCCCGCGAUGAGAUUAUACCAUUCUUGGCACCAUUUGCCAAAUCGUCCAAACGCGGUGAACCCACACGGGCCUUGUUGUUGACAUUGUGCAUCUGCCAGUGCGGUAUUUUGUUGGGUAACGUGGACUUGUUGGCGCCUUUGUUGUCCAUGUUUUUCCUCAUGUGCUAUGGCUUUGUUAACUUGGCCUGUGCCGUGCAAACCCUGUUGCGUACACCAAAUUGGAGACCCCGCUUCAAGUUCUAUCACUGGUCUCUCUCACUUAUUGGCCUUACAUUGUGUAUCUCUGUUAUGUUCAUGACAUCCUGGUACUUUGCCUUAAUUGCCAUGGGAAUGGCCGUUGUGAUUUAUAAAUACAUUGAAUACCGAGGAGCCGAAAAGGAAUGGGGUGAUGGCAUCCGCGGUAUGGCUCUCACUGCUGCUAGAUAUUCUUUGUUACGCUUGGACGAAGGUCCCCAGCACACCAAAAAUUGGCGUCCACAGAUUUUGGUGCUCUCCAAGCUCAAUGACAAUUUCAUGCCAAAAUAUCGUAAAAUGUUUGCCUUUGCCACCCAGCUGAAGGCGGGCAAGGGUCUGACCAUUUGUGUCUCGGUUAUACAGGGUGAUCACUCGAAGAUUGGCUCACGGGCCGUGGAGGCUAAACAGGCUUUGCGCAAGCUAAUGGACGAUGAAAAAGUUAAAGGUUUUUGCGAUGUUUUGGUGGCCAAGGAAAUUGGUGAAGGCAUUAGUUCAGUUGUUCAAACAAUUGGCUUGGGUGGCAUGAAACCCAACACAGUAAUUGUUGGAUGGCCCUAUAGCUGGCGCAAGGAUGGCGUACAAAGCUGGAAGAUAUUCAUACAAACUGUACGCACUGUCGCUGCCUGUCACAUGGCCUUGUUGGUACCCAAAGGUAUUAACUUUUUCCCAGAAUCAAAUCAUAAGAUUGGAGGCAACAUCGAUAUUUGGUGGAUUGUUCACGAUGGUGGCCUUUUAAUGUUAUUGCCUUUCUUAUUGAAACAACACCGUACUUGGAGAAAUUGUAAAUUGCGCAUCUUCACUGUCGCCCAAAUGGAGGACAAUUCCAUACAAAUGAAGAAAGAUUUGAAAACGUUCCUUUAUCAUUUGCGAAUUGAGGCAGAAGUUGAAGUUGUCGAAAUGAUGAAUAGUGAUAUAUCGGCUUACACAUAUGAGCGUACCUUAAUGAUGGAGCAAAGGAAUCAAAUGUUACGUGAAUUACGAUUGAAUCGCACAGAGAAAACCAAAGUUAAACCAACAACUGGGGAGGAUAAAAUACCUUUGGUACAAACAAUAAUCGAUCAUCAUCAUGAAAGUAUGAAAACCUCAUCCAAAGUGCGAUUCGCUGAUCCCACAGUAGAAGAAAAACACGAAAAUGAAUCUAAGGACGAUGAAAAUAACAUCAGCAAAGCCUACGAGGCGAAUGGUGAUAAUCGGCAAAAUGAUGACGACGACGAAGAUUCAAACAACGAUAGCUACGUUGAAAAGAAACCCGAUGAAAUGAAUGUUCGUCGGAUGCAUACGGCUGUUAAACUUAACGAAGUUAUUGUAAAUAAAUCACAAGAUGCCCAAUUGGUUAUUAUGAAUUUACCUGGUCCACCCAAGGAAGUUAAUUCAGCUCGUGAAAAUAAUUAUAUGGAAUUUAUGGAAGUUCUAACAGAAGGACUGGAAAAGGUGCUAAUGGUGCGAGGAGGUGGGCGUGAAGUGAUAACUAUUUACUCUUAAGCAGUAAACAAAAACAAAUACAAAAUCCAAAAACAAAAACAAAACACCACCCCAACAAAAACAACAAAAAACCACAAAAGAUCAACAAAGAAACAAACAAACAAAAAAGAUGAUAACAACAAUUUUGUAAUAUUUGAAACUUAGGCAACUUUUUGAAUCAAUUAAUAUUCGAGUAGUAAUUCUAGGUAAUAAAUAAUAAAAUGAAACUAAAAAUAAAAACACAAAACAAAACAAAAACAAAAAA